GACAGUCAGCGACAUGAACAGGGAAGGAUGAUGAAGCUAAGAUGGCAGCGCUACUAGGGGUGCUGUCUUUACGGGGUCAAGAAAAACAGCAGGAAUAAACGCAGAGCACGGACGUCAGCUCGCGCAUUUGAGUUAUUUCACUUCGGCCAAUUGAACGUGGUUGGAUCGCCUGCAAUCGGGGAAAUAACGGUUGAUUCGGCCGAUCCGGCGCAGGAAGGGACGCGUAUUUCGCAGUCGCAGCAGAGCGGCUAACCGUAAACGUCGUUUCAAUCGGGGAUACUCGGAUGUAAUUCGCCGGGCGUUUUGCGGGUUUGCGGAGAGGAUUUAUGGAGUGCGACUGGGACUUUUAGCUCUGUUGAUUGACAGUGUAAUCUAAUAUAUGCGUUGUUCCCCUAAACGAUGAUGUGUGCUGCUGCGGCAGCGGGUGCCGGUGGAAGCGGGAUUCUGUCCUCCUCAUCCCACUCCAUGGGGCUGGGUGUCAGGGUCAUCCCCGGAGCUGGAAACGAUUUCGCACCGAUCGGAUCAGGGAUGGGCUCCUGUCCCGUUGUAGGGGCCCGCUCGGAUUGUCGGAGCCGCUACCAGCUUCUUCUCUCAGGGCGAGCACUGGCGGAGCGGUACCGGAGGAUUUACACCACCGCGAUCAACGACAAAGAGCAGGGGCUCAACCUCGGCAGGGGGAAGAAAGCUUUGAGCAAGAAGAAGCUAAAAAGGAGGCAAAAAGUCAAAUCAAAAGUAAAAACAAGAACAAAGACAGAUACUCUGGAUGGGGCCUUUCCAGUGCCUGACAUCAAACUCCACAGCAAUCCCUCUGCAUUCAAUGUCUACUGUAAUGUACGGCACUGCGUGCUGGAUUGGCAGCAGAAAGAGGCCGCAUUGGCCCUCGCCUCUCGAAACUCUGUGCAGAGCGGUGACUCUGACAGUGAGGAAGAGGAGGAGUACCGCGAACCUUUUGUCAAACUGCCGAAGAUCAUUGGGAUUGGACUGUGUGGAGUGUUUGAGCUCAUCAAAGAGACCCGUUUCUCGCACCCGUCACUGUGCUUAAGGAGCCUUCAGGCCCUUCUAGAUAUGCUCCAGGGACAGCAGCCAGAGAGCUUUCAGACCGAACCACCAGAUGUGCUGGAGUCUCUGUUCCACCUUCUGUUGGAGACAACGGUGCGGAGCACAGGGAUGAAUGACCCCACUGGUCAGACCCUGACAGCGUUAUCCUGCGCCUGCCUCUUCAGCCUGGUGGUGGCUUGGGGAGACACCGGCAAAACCCUACAGGCUGUGUCUGCUAUCCUCACCAACAAUGGCAGUCAUGCAUGCCAGACCAUCCAGGUUCCAACAAUCCUGAAUGCACUACAGAGAAGUGUGCAGGCGGUUCUGGUGGGGAAGAUUCAGAUCCAGGAAUGGUUCGGAAAUGGCAUCAAGCGAGCUGCACUGAUGAACAAAUGGGUUCUGAAGGAGGUGAACAUCGAUGACGACGAACACUGUCUUCUUCAAACAGAUGGUUCCUUUCUUUACCUGCUCUGUAAAGAUGGCCUCUACAAAGUAGGCUCAGGAUACAGCGGCACCGUUCGGGGCCAUGUAUACAACUCCACAUCACGUAUCAGGAACCGUAAGGAGAAAAGGUCAUGGCUGGGAUUCGCCCAGGGUUGUUUGCUAUAUCGAGACAUGAACAGUCACAACAUGGCAGCCAUAAAGAUCAACCCAGAGACUCUGGAGCAGGAGGGCACCAUCACAGUGCCUGGUCUGCAAGCAGAUGGACAGAACAUCAUAUUUACUGACGGAGAAUAUAUCAACCAGAUUGCAGCCUGCAAAGAUGAUGGCUUUGUGGUGCGGAUCUAUGCUACCAGCUCAGACCCAGCUUUACAGCAGGAGCUGCAGCUCAAACUGGCCAGGAAGUGUCUUCAUGCCUGUGGGAUUUCCCUCUUCGACCUGGAGAAAGAUCUUCAUAUCAUCAGCACAGGGUUUGAUGAGGAAGCAGCCUUGAUUGGAGCUGGCAGAGAGUUUGCUUUGAUGAAAACUGCAUCUGGCAAGAUCUACUAUACUGGAAAGUAUCAGAGCCUCGGUAUCAAACAGGGCGGACCAUUGUCUGGGAAGUGGGUGGAGUUGCCUGUAACCAAAUCACCCAAGAUUGUGCAGUUCUCAGUGGGACAUGACGGCUCCCACGCCCUGCUGGUGGCGGAGGAUGGGAGCGUCUUCUUCACGGGCUCCGCCAGCAAAGGGGAGGACGGAGAGUCAACAAAGAGCAGAAGACAACCAAAGCCCUACAAACCCAAGAAGAUGAUCAAACUCGAAACCAAGAUGGCCGUUUACACAGCCUGCAACAACGGCAGUAGCAGCAUCGUCACUAAAGAUGGAGAGCUCUACAUGUUUGGCAAGGAUGCCAUUUACAGUGACAGUACCUGCCAGGUAUCAGAUUUGAAGGGACACUUUGUAACUCAGGUAGCCAUGGGAAAAGCUCACACCUGUGUCCUGACCAAGAGCGGGGAGGUUUGGACCUUUGGAGUGAACAACAAAGGCCAGUGUGGUCGAGACACUGGAGCUAUGAGCCAGGCAGGGAAAGCGUUUGGAGUGGAGAACAUGGCCACCGCUAUGGACGAGGACCUGGAGGACGAGCUGGACGAGAAGGAGGAGAAGUCUAUGAUGUGUCAGCCUGGCAUGCACAAGUGGAAGCUGGACCAGUGUAUGGUGUGCACUGUGUGUGGAGACUGCACUGGAUAUGGGGCCAGCUGUGUGAGCAGUGGCCGACCUGACAGAGUGCCAGGAGGGAUCUGUGGCUGUGGCUCUGGCGAGUCGGGCUGUUCGUCAUGUGGCUGCUGUAAGGCUUGUGCCAGAGAGCUGGAUGGUCAGGAAGCCAGACAGAGAGGAAUCUUUGAUGCUGUGAAGGAAAUGAUACCGCUGGACCUGCUGUUAGGCGUCAAUAUAGAGGAGCACAUCCAGAUUCGACAGGAGGAGAAGAGACAGCGCAUCAACCGCCGCCACCGGCUGGAGGAGGGCCGAGGCCCCCUUGUUUUCCCUGGUCCCCUUUUUAUGAACCAGCGUGAGCAGGUGCUAGCCAGACUAAGACCUCUUCAGGCUGUUAAGCUAAUGCGGGAGAAACUAAAAGAUGGCAGCAGUGAACGCGGGGACAAAGAUGCCAGUAAGAUCACUACAUAUCCUCCCGGGGCCGUUCGUUUCGACUGUGAGCUGCGAGCUGUGCAGGUCAGCUGUGGUUUCCACCACUCCGUUGUUUUAAUGGAGAAUGGCGAUGUUUACACUUUCGGUUAUGGACAACAUGGACAACUUGGACAUGGAGAUGUUAAUUCUAGGGGGUCUCCCACUUUGGUGCAAGCUUUGCCUGGCCCCAGUACUCAGGUGACAGCAGGCAGUAAUCACACUGCAGUGCUUCUCAUGGAUGGACAGGUCUUCACCUUCGGGAGCUUCUCAAAAGGACAAUUAGGGCGGCCCAUCCUAGACAUGCCCUACUGGAAUGCCAAGCCCUCUCCAAUGCCCAACAUUGGUGCCAAAUACGGGCGAAAGGCCACGUGGAUUGGAGCGAGCGGCGAUCAGACCUUCCUUCGAAUCGACGAAGCGCUGAUCAACUCUCACGUUCUGGCCACCUCUGAGAUUUUUGCCAACAAACACAUCAUUGGUUUGGUUCCAACGUCUAUAUCUGAACCUCCUCCUUUUAAAUGCCUGCUGAUCAACAAACUGGAUGGGAGCUGCCGCACAUUCAAUGACUCCGAACAGGAGGAUCUCCAGGGGUUUGGCCUCUGCUUGGAUCCUGUCUAUGAUGUCAUUUGGAGGUUUCUCCCUGUCACGCGGGAGAUGUGCUGCUAUAACGCUGUGAUAGCAGAUGCUCGUGUGCCCACUGCCUCCGACAUCCAGGCCCUCUGCAGCAUCCUGAGCCCUGAACUGGCUCUGCCCUCAGGAUCCCAUGCCAGCACCACCCGCUCCCAUGGAGCUCUGCACAUCCUGGGUUGUCUUGACACACUGGCUGCUAUGCAGGAGCUGAAGAUGGGUGUUGCCAGCGCUGAGGAGGAGACCCAGGCUGUUAUGAAAGUCUACUCAAAAGAGGAUUACAGUGUCGUCAACCGCUUUGAGAGUCAUGGAGGAGGCUGGGGUUACUCUGCCCAUUCAGUGGAGGCCAUCCGCUUCUGCGCUGAUGCUGACAUCUUGUUAGGGGGUUUGGGUCUUUUUGGUGGUCGAGGAGAAUACACGGCAAAGAUCAAGCUGUUUGAGCUGGGUCCAGAUGGAGGAGACCAUGAAACUGAUGGAGACCUUCUGGCAGAGACGGAUGUUCUGGCAUAUGACUGUGCUGCUCGGGAGAAGUACGCCAUGAUGUUCGAUGAGCCUGUGCUGCUUCAGUUGGGCUGGUGGUACGUGGCGUGGGCACGUGUGUCUGGACCGAGCAGUGACUGCGGUUCCCACGGCCAGGCCACAAUCACCACGGAUGAUGGUGUGGUCUUUCAGUUCAAGAGCUCAAAAAAAUCAAACAAUGGUACUGAUGUGAAUGCUGGACAAAUACCUCAGCUGUUGUACAGGUUGCCUUCUAAUGAUGGAAACGCUUCCAAAGGAAAGCAGCAGACCAGUGAACCUGUACACAUCCUCAAGCGCACUUUUGCCAGGACCGUGUCUGUGGACUGUUUCGAGUCUCUGCUGAGUAUCCUGCACUGGAGCUGGACCACGCUAGUGUUGGGAGUGGAGGAGUUGAGGGGAUUGAAGGGUUUCCAGUUCACAGCUACCCUUCUGGACCUCGAGCGCCUGCGGUUUGUGGGCACCUGCUGCCUGCGACUGUUGCGAGUCUACAUCUGUGACAUCUUCCCCAUUUCUGCCAGCACCAAAGCGAUUGUGGAGGAGUCCAGCAAGCUGGCGGAGUGUGUGGGAAAAACACGUAGCCUACUGAAGAAGAUCCUGUCAGAAGGAAUGGACAACUGCUUGACCAAGCUGGACAACGACCCACAGGGAUAUCUGAGUCAACCGCUCACGCUGCUGGAGGCUGUGCUGCAAGAGUGUCAUAACACUUUCACAGCCUGCUUUCACUCCUUCUACCCGACUCCGGCUCUGCAGUGGGCCUGUCUCUGCGACCUACUCAACUGCCUGGACCAGGACAUUCAAGAGGCAAACUUCCGCACAUCGAGCAGUCGUCUGCUGGCUGCGGUGAUGUCAGCGCUGUGCAACACAUCGGUCAAGCUGACCUCCAUCUUGCCCAUUGCGUAUGAUGGGGAGGUGUUACUCCGCUCUCUCGUCAAGCAGGUCAGCACAGAGAAUGACUCUGCCCUUGCUCACCGCUUCCCCUUGCUGGUGGCACACAUGGAGAAACUCAGCCACACGGAAGAGAAUCUCAUGGGCAUGACAACAUUCCGGGAGGUUCUGGAGAAGAUGCUGGUCAUUGUAGUGCUUCCUGUGAGGAAGAGUCUUAGGAAAGAGGUCGAGCUCUUUUCUCCUCAUCUCGUGUCCAACACCUGUGGUCUGCUGGCCAGUAUUGUCAGCGAGCUCACCGCAUCUGCUCUCGGUUCUGAGGUGGAUGGUUUGAACUCCCUGCACUCUGUGAAAGCCACCCCCAACCGCUUCACCAAAACCAGCCAGGGACGCAGCUGGAACACUGGGAAUGGCUCCCCCGAUGCCAUCUGCUUCACCGUGGACAAGCCAGGGGUGGUGCUGGUGGGUUUCUGUGUGUACGGCGGAGGAGGCAUUCAUGAGUAUGAGCUGGAGGUGCUCGCUGAUGAUGCUCAGACGGAGCACCCUGGAGAUUCCGCCCACUCCCACAGAUGGACAUCUCUAGAACUGGUCAAAGGCACUUACUGCACUGAUGACUCCCCCAGUGACAUCGCCGAGAUCCGUCUGGACAAAGCUGUUCCUCUGAAGGAAAAUGUGAAAUACGCCGUUCGUCUGCGUAACUAUGGCAGCCGCACAGCCAAUGGGGACGGAGGCAUUACCACCGUGCAAUGCUCUGAUGGAGUCGCCUUUACCUUCAGCACCUGCAGCUUGAGCAGCAAUGGCACCAAUCAGACCAGAGGCCAGAUCCCUCAGAUUCUUUAUUACAGGAGUGAAUAUGAUGGUGAUCUUCAGUCACAGCUGCUAAGCAAAGCCAAUGAAGAGGACAAGAAUUGCAGUCGAGCCCUCUCUGUAGUCAGCGUAGUUGUACGGGCAGCCAAAGACCUCCUUCAUAGGGCCUUUGCUGUGGAUGUUGAAGAUAUUCCAGAGCUGUUGAGUUCCUCCAGUCUUUUUUCAAUGCUGCUUCCACUUAUUUUGGCAUAUAUUGGUCCUGUGGCUGCCUCUGUUCCUAAGGCUGCGGUGGAGGUGUUUGGUUUGGUUCAGGAACUUCUUCCAGCUGUUUCUGCCCUGAACCAGAAAUAUGCCCCGCCCACCUUCAACCCUAACCAAUCCACUGACAGCACUACUGGGAACCAGCCAGAGCAGGGCCUGUCAGCUUGUACCACAUCCAAUCAUUAUGCUGUUCUAGAGAGCGAUCACCCCUACAAGCAGGCUGGUGUCACUCAAUACAAGGU